CAGAUGUUUUCCCUUUCUUUUCUGUUGGAGGUGCGUGAAGAGAAGGCGCACCUGCGAGAGUGUCUGCUGCUCUCUUCUUUACUGAGAACUCAAAUUGGGGUGCCGCUGUUGCUGUUUGGCUGAGGCUGCCUGCACUUUACAGACUCGACCAGUGGACAGGGGGGGGGAAGAGAGAGCGAGAGGAGGGGUGAGCGAGAGAGGGGGUGUGUGUGAAACAGAGACUGGAUGGAUCCCUCUCUUCCUCUGGCACUCCACAGGCGCUCAUUCAUUUAUUUAAGCCUGGCCGACGACAGCAUGCCAAACGCAGACUCCAGCAUCAGAGCUCGACAGAGACUUUCCAACAGAGGACAGCAGGAGUGAGACCCCCCUCCUCUUCUCGCACCGCUCCGACAACGUUCCUACCUGCACAGCCUCCCAGCAGGACUUGACUUGGCGCUCAUCGGACACCGCCGACACCCAGGACCAACGUGGGAAAAAAAACAUUUAUGGGCCCCAAACCUCGCGAGGCCCCCGGGAUGGCGUGCAGCGCGUGCUACUACCUGGUUAUCAGCUCCACACACCUGAGUAAUGGACACUUCAGGCGCGUCAAGGGAGUCUUCAGAGGACCUCUGUGUCCAUCCGCAAACAGUGACUCACCGGAAUGCACGGAGAGGGCUUUGGGUUGCUCGGUGGAGGAUCUGAAGGCUCUUUUCUACUGUGAGCUGUGUGACAAGCAGUACCUCAGACACCAGGAGUUUGACAACCACAUCAACUCCUACGACCAUGCACACAAACAGAGGCUGAAGGAGCUCAAGCACAGAGAGUUUGCUCGUAACGUAGCCUCAAAAUCAUGGAAGGACCAGCGCAAGCAGGAGAAGGCUCUUCGGCGUCUGCACCAGCUCGCACAGCUGCAACAGGAAACUCAGCGAGUCCAAAGAAGGACCUAUGGCCUAAGACGCACAGUCAGAGCUGUGAGUCAGAAGCGUGAUAAAGAUGUGACACAAAGAGACCGCAGCCCUAAGGACAGACCUGAACCCUUGUGCCAGCCCCAGCGAUCCACUUCUACACAGCCCAGGACAACUACUGUCAGCUACCCGUCAGAAAAUCUGUGCAACUCUGUUUCCCAAGUACCACCGGCCACUGCUCUAGCAGAAUCCCCACUAGUGACUGAGACAGCCGAUACAAACACUCCUGCAGUGAGCCCCCAGUCUUGCCACAGCCUGUAUCCUCAGCUGCCUCUCUCUUCACAGGGGAGAGUGGGAGGCAGACUUGGAGUAUCCUUCUGUUUCUCACGCAGGGGGCCUAGGCUGGAGCCUUCUGCCUCUGUUUUUUCAGACCUGGAGGAGGAGGAGAGAGAGAAGAGGGAACAAAUGAAAGAAAGGAUAAGGGGAAUAAUUGAAGAUAUUGACAGGGAAAUUGGGGUAGCAGAUGAGAGGAAACACAGCGCAAGUGAAAAAAAGGAUAAAUCUGGCACUGACAGUGUCUUACCAAGUGACAUGCACCCGUUCCCAAGAGAGGCCAUAAAGGAGGAGGAACAGAUUGAAAAAAGAGACUUAGUAAAAGAACACUUUCCUAUUUCCACAUCAGCACCUGAUAAUCAGAGUCAUGAUUCGCUGUUCUCAGCGUCUCAGGUGACCGUAUGGGGCAUAGGAUCAGCAGUAGCACACACGGAUACCAAACACACAGAAGGCAAGUCAGAGGAAAAGCAAGAAACGGAGAGCGAGCGGGAGGCGAGUCAGGAUGUGUGUGUGCUCGGGAAGGAUGGCUCUACCCGUCUGAGAUGGCCUGUCAGUUUGCUUAAGUUCACCAAGUCUCAACCACACAUCUCCUACAGCUGCAACCCGCUCUGCUUGAACCUUCAACGGCCAGAAAAAGUCGCAGAGGAUCUGAAGGACUCACAACAAAAUCAGUUGUGUUCCCUUUCAGAUGAAUCAAAACUACGUGUACCAGCUAUUCUUAAACCAGACACUCAAUCGUGUUUACAAAGACAGAUAAGACAAGAGUUGAGAGCACACGGGGAGAAAAAAGCUGCGGAAAUUUUCAAAGCAGAGCAACAUAUCGAUGUGGAGACAGAAGCACACCUGUUCCUAAAGAACAAAAACCUUUUAUCAUCAGAAAGAAGACCAGAAAAAGAACGAUGCAUGCUAAGUAUGGAGAACUGCAUGCGGGCAGCUCCCCAUCCAUUUGACCCCACUCAUAGUGACAGCUCUGACACAAACUUCCAGAAUCCUCUGGGAGGCAGAUUAGAGGGUGCGAGAGGGAUCAGGGAGAAAGCCAUCACAGCCCUGAGCUGUAAAUUAGAGUCUGUCACCCAGCCUGGCACACAGGAGAUGUGCAUCAGUCCAUCCAGGUGUGAGUGUGGGAGUGAGACAAUGUGCAAGUGUGCCAGUGCUCCACAGCCGUAUGUGGGUGUCUCUGAAGUAUCACAAAAAAAGAGGAAAGCCAGCACAAAGAAACACAAGCUGGGGAAGAGAAAGAUGGCUGAGAAGGAAAAAACUUCAGACAAGCGCCAAUCAGCAAGGUGCAAAGUGAGGAGUGUUAUCUCUACAGUCUCCACUGGAAGAGAGAGGAGAGGAGAAACUGGAGGGAGAUGGGGAAAGAAAAGGAGGCAAAGAGAGACGAGGAUGAGGAAGGUGGGGGGAGCAGGGAGCAGCUGUCUCCUGGGGAGAUGUGAGGCUGAGCCAGUAUCUGUCUCUGUCAGGAAGAGGAGGCCUCAUAGGAGCCACAGCACUGAAUGCCAGUCACAGCCAGACAGAGAGCAGGCAGAACACUCCAGCGUCUACUCCCAUCUCAGCAGACACACAGCAGACCGAGACACCGAGAAGGAGGGAAAGCGAGACGGAGAUGCGGCGACUUUUCCCUGGCGGUCUCACUUCUCCUUACAUUCCUUCUCACCAGGAUGUAACUCAAAGCUGUUUUGGGAAAGGGGUCACCAUAGCAACCCCAGGAGUUUCAUUGACUGCUGUUACCCUGACAACAGCUGCUGUAACAGCUCGAUGAAAAAGCGAAAACUCCUCCAAGGGGACAGGAAAUUCAUUCAUAGUAAGAGGAAGAGUUUGAGGCAUCGUGAAUUCUGGGAGGAGAGGGGGAGGGAAACACAAGGGCAUUCAGGUGGCCGAGACAGAGGCCUGACUUCAGGUACAGAAGAGUGGGAGUGGAUGAGAGGGGCCUGUCCUGGAGGUAGUGAGGAGGUGAGGUCAAGGACUGGGUGGAGCUCGAGGAGCAGAGCAGUGGAGUGGGAUAAGGCUGCAAGGUUUAGCCCCAGUCCUAAGCGCUGGGGCAAAAGGCGCAGACAUCUUAGCACUGAAGAUGUCGACUGGGAUAGAUGGACAUGGGGCAGCAGUGACAGCUGGGAAGACAGGGGGACACACAGGUCCACAUCAGGCUCCAGGACAGGAGCUGACAGCAGAGACAGCCCGGGCGGUGCAAGGAUAUGUGCAGGCACCAGACGCUCAAGUUCAACACACUUCUCGAGCCCUGAGUGGUGGACAAGCAGACAGACGUACAGCUGCCAGAGUGUGAUCAACACACAGGACAGCAGAUGCCACAGCCCACGCUCUUGCAGCCCUUGUAGCAGCACCAACAUGUCUGAGCUGAGCUGGGAGUGGAGCAGGAGUAGCACCUGCUCAGGAGUCACUAUGGAUGGGUUGACAGUUAGCUCCUGCAAGACGUCCUCGGGGGCUGCAGAGGCCAGUCAGCAGGCAAAAAAGCAGAGCAGCCUCACGUCCAUUUCAUCUGCUCUCUCCUCGAGCCCGUUCACACAUUCAUCUCCCAACAGAUCCACUUUUUCACCGACAGUUCCAAGUGUCAACACACAUAAUUGUGACCGAAGUCUUUCACAGCUAAAGGAUUCACAGUCUAGCCAAGGGCCCUCUGCCUCUGUCAACAUGAGGGGCCCAGGCGCAACCCUUUCAGCUUUAUCCCCCAGUAAGUUACUGCUACAAAAACCAUCUAGGUUGCUUCUGCCCCUUAUAGGAAAACUACCUGCAAUUCAGCGAAAGGCUCAGAAGAAAAAGGGGCUGCUUGAGAAGAGUCAGGAGAAGGAGAGAGAAGAGGAAGAGGAAGCUAAGAGUUGUGGCACAGAUCCUGGAGCAACCACUGACAGUCAGAAAUGUUCUCCAGUUGGGUCAAAUCCCAGCAGCAUGCCAAAUGCCUGCCCAUCACAGAUUAGAACUGACGAUGAACAGACAGGUGGAGAGACAGCUCCGCCGAUCAGCUUUACCGCUGAAGAGAUGGACAAAUAUCGUCUCCUGCAAGAGCAGGCAAGAGAGCACAUGCAGAAAGUCCUGGAAAACAUACAAGAAAACACAGACAAAAGCACGCAGGCAAACUACACACACAACCUGCAGACAGAGAACUGUGGGAAUUCAGAGGAGCAAUACUCAUCUCCGCAGCCUCAAGCCCAGUUAAUUCACACAGACACGAUGCAUAAGCAAGUACACCACACCCUCCAGGUCAGUCUCCCACUUCCACACGUCAACCCACAAGAGAACUUUAGUCAGCCCAUAGCUCUGGGUGUCCCAAACCUCACCCCACUCGCACCAUCUUCCCCUCUCUCGAAUCUCCAUCACAUCAUUUUACAGCACACAGGCCUAUCCAUGCCCCCUCACUCUUCCUCGACUUCCAGCUCACCCCCCUCUCCUGCCAUCCACCCACAGCCAGUUCCACUUCCUCACCCCCUCACCCCUCGCCACCCUUCCCUCCCUCAUCAUCUUCACUUCGCCCCUUUCUCCAUCUCCUCCCUGUUUCCCUCCAUCCUGCUAUCACAUCCUCCCACCCUUCUCCUUCCCCAGUCGCCCACUUUCCACGCAACCCCAAUCUCUCCACUCUCCCCAGUAGCUCUGCAACCUUUGAAUCCACAGCCUAUCAUGGACAGAUCGUGGCCAGUGAAGUUUCAACAGAAGGCGUUAUGAUUUUGAGAGUGGGUGCCGUGUUUAUUAAUCUUUCUUGGCAGCACUGGCUUGUGGGAGAGAGAAAAGAGGAAUGUAUGGUUUGAAGAAAGGCCUGCUAUUUGAAAUCGGGAUGUGUCAGUGCUUUUAGUAGUAUCAACUCCAACUCUUAUUGCACAUAUGCCUUCAGACACAGAUACACACCAAGACACACAUGCUCGUUCGCAUGCAUACACACAAACAGCCAAACUAUUGACUGUUUUCAAAUGAGAAUUUGUUUCUCCAUUUAGCCUUUGCUGUGUUUAAACAGACAGUGAAAGAACAGACUUUGAUCCCUUGCUUUUUCCAUCAUUCCUCAUUCACAAGCAAAAUAAAGAGAAAGGUGCACCUGCUAUUCAAAGACAAGCUAAGCUUGUGUCAUCUUCUCUCUUUCCUUCUGAACCACAGACAGACCAGCUGCCUUUUGAAGUAUCCUUCAUGCCAGGGACAGAGACAGUGAUAAUACUCUCCCCUUAUCUCCAUUUCAUACAGGUUAUCUGAGUUAGAGAGUGACUUUCAGCUAACAUAAAUAACGCUCCAGUGGCCGGUGAAUAUGGCAAAGACAUUUUAACCUUCUUGUGGACUGUAUGUGCGGGUGUAAGGUAAUUCUGAUGACACACACUCAUUCACAGCAGGAAGAACAACAUCUAAUUUCCAUAUCUGACACGUGUAAAGACCUGCUUUCUCUCUAUAGUGUAAAUAUUCUGACAGUAUAUGAUAAUAUUAGAAUGAUGAGAAACACCAAAAUAAAAUGUGAAUUUAACCUUGACCAGUAGUACAAUGCUUACCCCACACUCCAUGGCUUCAGUGGUAGACCUUUUACACAACCUUCCAUGUGUGACAUUAAAAACUGUUUUUUUUCCUCCAUGAAGCAUUUAACAAAUCAGUUUGUAAGACAGAAAUGAAUGAAUCUGAUAAGUUACAAUAAAGCGUGAGUGAAAAUAAAUGGGCUUUCAUGCUUUUUUUUUUCCUCCCCCGUCUUAUUCUUGUUGAUGAAGUCCAAAUUAAGAAUUAAUACUGCAUGGUUUUUCUGCAGUGGUUACAUCUUUCAUGCAAGCCUUUGUCAAAGAGCGCACAUGGAUGAUUUUAAAAUGGUACAAAAUUAUUAGAUUUUUAUUCUAUCAUAAUGUUUUUUAGAAAUGCAGCAAUUUGUUGAUUUGGAAAGCAGUUACUGUGUGUCCUGACCAUCCCAGAGGCACGAAAGAAAAACUAAUUGUGACUCUUUUGUCAGCCGUAGAAGAAGACUCGAAACAUUCUGUACAUCUUAUUAUCCUUUACAAUUUUUUAAAGAUCUGUUUAUUCUUUAACCAAAUUUCACCAUCUAGCUGUUUCAAAACAACACUUUUUAAAAGUGUAUAUAGAAGAAAAAACUUAUUUAAUCACUAAAAACAAGAAUAAACACACACACACACACACACACACACACACACACAGAUGACUUUCUUACAUAUCUCGCCAAGGGUUAUGGAUGCUGGUAACUGUUGCUAUGUAUUCAAGCCUGGUGAUUGGUGAUGUGUCAAAGCUGCUUGCCAAAUAGUUGAUCACUGCAGCGGCCGGCACUCGGGGAGCAGAACACAGAAGAGAACAGAGCGGUAUCCAGAUGGUCUAUGGGCUUAGACUACCCAGAGCGCUUUGAGAGAUUGGAUUGAUUUGCCCUCCGUGAUAUCAGUGAACACAGCCCAACACAUGAGGGGGGCUUCAGCAAGGGGUGACAUAAAUACAGGCUCAAAAGCAAUACACAAAAUGUACACUUUCUGUCCUGAAGCGUUGGCUACAAAUACGUCAUCUCUUGCAGAGAUUCGGUAAUUAGAGCACGGGUCUGCUUUCUCCUCCCUGUGACCCUUGAGCCUGUGUGUAAAGCGCGCGAAUUUGGGAGAAACAGAAACCGAGAAUCCCUAUCUCUCUCCACAGGACCGGAGAUCAAACAGACUGUGUGAAAUAUAGAGCAGCAAUAAUUAGCAGCUGUUACAGCAUCAAACCUUUCUAUCGCUACCUCUCCCUCUCUGACACGCACACUCACUAUUACCCCAUUCUUUCCCAGAGUUUAAUUUGGAGACACUCAAAUGUGCUGCAACUUCUGCGUCCUCAAAUGCUGAUAAUCACAGAGAUCAUAUAAAAGCAAACUGCUCCAGUUCAUAACUCUGACUCUCUAAUGGGGAAAUCCAUGAAAACAGUCACACACAAAAGAACCUAAGAGGUGGAGAUUGAACGCUAAACACAGCGUGUCAUUUCAAAAGCCUAUUUAUCCAUGAAUAGCGAGGCAAUAGCGGAAUCUUCACAUUAUUAUAUCACUAGAUUUUUAGGCUCCCACGCACACACUUAUCCAAACUGGGGUCACAUGAAAAUUAGCAAUCGCAAUAUCACUGUACUUUCUGUCAGUGACUGAUUAAACCAUUACCUAAGCCCCAAGAUUCGCCCCCUGGUGUGUACAUGUUUUGCUGCUGUGUGAGCACACACACACACACACACACACACACUCAGGAGUGUGAGUUGAUUUAUGAUGGAGAGGAAGCGGUUUCUUCAGUCAAUCGCUUCUGAGAAUUAAUGAGGAAUAAAAACUAAAGCUGGCACUCGGUCAAAAUACACCAGCAGUCACAGAGAGCUCACUGCUGAGGCAGGGUCGCCUCUAUUGGCACCGCAUUUGAUUGUUAGAUUGCGGGUAGGCUAUAGAUUGCACUGAGCAAAAAGAGCCCCUUACGGCUACUGAAAUGCUCCAUCGACCUAAAUUGCAGUGUUGUAUAAAUGAGACACUUCCCCGUCUCUUGCUCGCUUCCUUUCUUUCCCUUUUUUGCGAUCUCGCCUCCUACCCUUCUCUUUGAUUCAACCAGGUCAGUGGGGCUGCCUUCAGCUCCCCCGGCUGUUCUCUGACUGUGCAGAAGGAAAGGCACCAUUACACUUUGUCAUCUCAAUUCCCUUCAUUCAGACCAUAUCUUUUACAUGUUUGAAUGCUGUUGUACUGCACAGACCUUUGCAGCGCAAUGUGCUUUUGUGGUGUUAUUAUUACAGCGCCCUUCCUAUUCCUCUUCCCCCCACAGUGACAUUCAUUAAAAGUUUUCCUUGUGCUGUAAAAGAGACUGUAAUACAGUUUCUCUCCAAUUUUCCCUCUUUUUACUGGAUCUCUGUACACUCCUAGGUGUAGGUGUUAUACUAACAGCAAGGGUAUUAUUCUAACUGUUUUAUUCAACCACCAAAUGACACUGAAGCAAAAAGGAAAAUAAUGUAAAAAAAAAGAAGAAGAAGAGGGUAGAAAUUCUCUUUUUCGUGAGUUGAAUAGCGAGAUGAUCCUUUAAUCACAUAUUUUAUCAUAUAGGACUCUGAAUUUUCUGUGAUUUUGAUGCAUCACCUUGUUAGCUUUUGUGAGCUUUUGAACUUCCAUAAAAGAGUACACUUCAAAGAGUAAUCUGUCACCACUGAUGCAUAAGAGAUACUGCUCAGACAGGUGUAAUAUAUGGAAAGCUAAGCGGAUCCAGGCUGUUUAGAGCUUUUACAUCAAAAACGUUGCAUUACUGUGUAUAAUUCUGAACCACGUAAAGCCAAUUUAUCAUAGAGAUUGCUAGUCUAUUUUUUUGUGUUAUUUCAAUUAUUUACUUUUUGCUUGGCUUUCUCGUUGAGUCAAAACUUGUUUGCGUAAGACUUGUAUUAUGUGGAAAUGACUAUGUGAAUUUUGGUCUACAAUGGAUUUAAGGAUUAGGGAAGGUGGUGGGCUAAGCGAUACUCUAACAUGUGGCACAGUCCCCCAAGGACAUGACACUGUCAGCACAUUGCUUACACUCAUCUGCACACAUACACACACACACAUAUACACAGAGAGGUAUAAUAGGGUAUAAUUUUGGGGGCUGUAAUAGUGAGAUGUGAUGCUCGGUGGUAAGACAGCAUGCCUAAUUCCUCGGUUAUGUUAUCUCUGAGAGACAGAUGUUCCCACCAAAGAUUACUAUGCACACACACACAAACUGCGAGCGUGCAGAGAUGCACAAACCCAUUCAAUCCUCAGACAAUAGCAGCAGUGGGAAGAGUCUAAAAUAGCCAUAUUGACCAAAAACACAGAUCAAUGAUGAAGAUGACUUUUCUGAGAGUUAUUUACGAGAGUUUCUCCAGAAAACUAAUGAGGAAAAAAACCCCUCAAAGUUUUCCCUCAACAAAUCUUACAUUUAAGAGUCAAAUAAAUCAUAACGGACAUAACCUUGCGCCUCACUGAAUAUUUUAAUGAUCACACGAGUCCCACAAAGCUGUGGGGUUUGUGUGUCAAUUCAUCAGCAGGGUUUUCCAGGCCGUGCACACAGUUCAUCUAUUAGGAAACUGUUCUAUAGGCGAAAUGGUUUCACAGCAGAGGAUAAAGGUCAAUGUAUUCAUGGCUGUCAGGAAAACCCUUUGGUUAGAUAACAUCACUUGCAUUACGUUGUUAAUUCACAAUUUGGAUGCACAGCCACAGCGUUAAGAACAUGAUGGGGAUGAAGGACCCACAGUUCCUGUCAAUCCUAAAGUCAGUCGAGACGAUUUUGUCCGGUCGUCUUUGUCCUGCUUAUCUGAUUUUCUGUCGCCUCCUAGGCUCUUGCUUAGCAUCCCAGAAUAUCCAUGAGCCUCUCCAGCAUCCCGAGUGCCCAAGACUCAAAAAGAGCAAAAAAAACAGCAGCUUUGAAAGGGUGAACAAAUUGCUUGUAUACCCUAAACCAAAUAUGAGUGCUUAAGCGUGACUUCAAGGGGACAGUUUACAUAAAUGAACAUGUGAAUGUGCGUAUAAACAGUCAAACUACCUCUCAAACUCUUUUCUCCUCUGAGCUUUGAUCCCCCUCCUCCUGCUUCCGUUUAACUGGUUUCAGCAUUAAGUCUCCAGAUUCUGAUAAUUUCCCCCUUAAUCCCUUCAGAGGAGCACCCUGCUUAACUCUCUAAUUAAGUCAACGACACAUUCACCAGCACAGCAUAAACAGCACACGCACACAGCUAGGAGUGUCUAGCGAUCUGAUGCACGGACAACUGGUGGUUCCUGGAUUGGGGAGUUUGUGUGUGUGUGAGAGAGAGCGAAUGAGUGUUUGUGUGACUGUAUUUCAAUGAUUAAGUCCCAAUCAGGAGGUUGUUAUGACAACACAUGCAUUUUUAAGCUGUUAAUCCAGGAUUAUUCUCCCCUCCGCUCAUCUCAUUACCGUCGAUUAUUAAAUAAAAUAAAAAAAAGAAAGAAAGAAAGAAAGAAAAAAACCCACAUACAAAUGCACACAGACACACACCCUAAUUAUGGACUGGUUUCUCUGGAGAUUGGAGACCUUUGCACUGUGUGUUCAAAGACAUUUUUGCACACAGGUAAAAACAACUUACUGCAUCUCAGACAUUACCUAUAUACACAAUGAAGCAAUCACACUUCAUAGAUAAAAAGGCAUGGCCAUAUAUUAAUAGAAGUAUGAUUAUUACUGUAUUUUUGGCACACUCAGAGACCAAUUCUGGCCUUUCAGAGAGGAAUUUCCAGCCAGAGCUGGAAAGAAAGCAAGCAAACAGUGAGUGUCCUUUACCGGUGAUUGAAUGUGUGUCCUUGUGUAGAAUCUGCACACCCCUCUCUCAGCGAGAGAAAGUAUUCCUGCGGUGCUGAAGCUGAUGCACAGGUGAGAGAAUGGCCAAGGAUUUUGAGAUCACCUAAGGCUUUGUGCCGACUAUGGCCCACUCACACUAGGUCAGCUCAGAAUAACCAGAAAGGGCUGACCGCCAGUGCUCACUCGCCCCUGGAGUCAUUAAUCACACCACACCACAAAUGAGCCGCAUGGACGGACACACACACACGCACAGAAAAAAAACACACACACAGUGGAGCUUGUUUUAAUUAUAAAAGGCAAAUGCUAGAUGACAGCAUCGCUCCAGGUAGUCAUUCCUCAAGGCCUGCACUGGUACAUUACCAUGUACCAAACAUCACAGACAUUGAAUAUUUCUGAGCAAAGCCCAGUCCACAAAUAACAACACAUCAGAUCACAUUAAGCUACGAUAAUCUGCUGCAUAUACAAAUACACACACAGCAUUAUAUCUGUAACUUUUCUCCUGAGCUGUAUUUUAUGCUCCUUAAACACUAACGCACACUAUCAACUCACACUAUCUGAACCCCCGCAUUCCCAAACAGACCUCUCAGCUUGCAGUCGGGUCACUAUCGGGAUCGGGAUCUCAGAUAACGUUCCCAUUUACCGGUUAUGAAAUUCUUCAAAGGGGCCGUGCAGCAGCGAAAGCCUGUGGUGUGUCAUGUUUGUUAACAGGCAUGGUGCAUGGAGAAAUAC